AACUAGAAGGAAAGAAAGAAGCGCAUUGAGAUUGAGUAGGAGGUGCAGAGGCGCCAAGAACAGAGAUUCCAACCGAGAGAACAUGUCAUUUAGAUUCGGCCAACAUCUCAUCAAGCCCUCUGUGGUGUUUCUCAGGACAGAACUGUCCUUCGCCCUCGUGAACAGGAAACCUGUGGUCCCAGGGCAUGUCCUGGUGUGUCCCCUUCGGCCAGUGGAGCGCUUCCGAGACCUGCGUCCUGAUGAAGUGGCUGAUUUGUUUCAGGCCACCCAGAGGGUCGGCACGGUGGUGGAAAAGCAUUUCCAGGGGACUUCUCUUACUUUUGCUAUGCAGGAUGGCCCCGAAGCCGGACAGACUGUGAAGCACGUUCACAUCCAUGUUCUGCCCAGGAAGGCUGGAGACUUUCACAGGAAUGACAGCGUCUAUGAUGAGCUCCAGAAACAUGACAAAGAGGAAGCGGACUCCCCAGCCCUGUGGAGAUCGGAGGAGGAAAUGGCAACAGAAGCCGCGGCGCUGCGGGCCUACUUUCAGUGAUGCAGGCAUGAAAAGCAACUCGAACAAAUCCCAAGGCAUAAGGAAAUGGGCCUGUUCUCAGGACUCUGCAGCAUCGGAAAUGAAGCCAAGCAGACUUUAUUACAUCCUCCAAUUCGGCAACCUUUUGCUCAGCAUUUUAUUACCCUGCGGAAGCCACCCGGUUAUGUUUCAAUCACGAUGACUGACAAGCUAACUUCAACACCACGGCAUCGGCAGCCCUUCCGCCCUCCUAGGUCUGCGCCCUCAGAACAGAGCCCUUUCUAAAUUGUCCCUGGGCCUGGAUGGAAAUAAAACGGCAGUUAAGGUAUU